CGAUCAGGAGCGCGUCAAGUCCGACAGCAAAAACUGACUACCUGUGUAUAAGUCAUUACGGGCUGUUCUAGUAAGCCUUUAUGAGCCACAGAGUCACGGAGUGCCAGGACCCCGAGCACAAGAUGAUCGUGAUCUCGGCUACAGACCAUGUCCUCUAUGGUCAACGGUAUGUGUCGAGGUGUCGAAAUUAACUCCUUGAAUAUCUGCAUAGUAGUCUUCAGAUCCGGAUUGUCGUCAGCCUUCACCUCGGGGCUCAAAGUCGAGGUUCUCAUCAUAGAGAGACCAGCCGCCGGCUGAGUCGCUCUGCAGACGGUAAAUUUGGACAAUGGCAUAUUUUGAUUUGUUGAUGAAAUUCCCACGGGCUGUUUGUAUCCCCCAUGUUUGUUCGCUCUCGUUCCCUGUAGUUGGUUGCGGCCCACGACUAUGGCUAAUCGUCGUUCGCCUAUUACACACGCAUUCCAUCCUAGAAAGUAUCACCUCCGCCGUUCAUCGUCCUCUUCCCGCUCCCGCCGUUUUCAAUCCAGUCCCGAAUUCGGCCUUGGGCGCCCAGUUCUCGUUCCCCUCCAUACCAAUCUCAAGCGUCGUACAUCGCGCCGCACGCUGUCAGAGAAGGUCAAAGACGAGCCCAUGCCAGCGAAUGAGUCAGGUUCGAAGCGAAAACGCGUCCUCAGUAUCAACGAGAACGCGCAUGCUGGCGGCCGGUCCACUCGGGGUUCAGGACGGCUCAAGCGCCUCCGUCUAGCCCGUUACCACGCUGAGAGUGACGGAGAAGCGAGUGGGAUGGAUGUGGAUAUGAACUCUUCUGCACGCUGGUCGUCCUCUGGCUCGGAGGAUGAUUCGGUGGCGAGCGGCUCUGAUGACGACGAGCAGCACCGUGAAAGCACCGACGACUACCUGAUAUGUACUGCUUCCGCGAAAGAAUUGAAUCGCCUGCGAAAAGAACACCUCGUGCGACUGUACGCUGUUGCCGGUCUUGACGACGACGACGAAACCUGUACGAAGACUGGAAUCAUCAAUGCUAUCAUCGACGCUCGCGACGACCUCGCCGACCUUCCCCCUUCCUCCCCGCGCGGCGCCUCUUCGGAUGAGCAGGAUCACGGCAUCAUUGAAGAUGAAGACAUUCCGUCACCUACGCCAGCUGGCCGUUCGCGGUACACCAAUGGCCUGCGUCGCAGAGCUACUGUGGCAGAUACGCCGGGAGCGUUCUCCCGACCGAACAAGGGUGGCCGUAGCUACUCCAUGGGAAAUCUCACCAAUUCCCCAGCUGAAUCCAAUGCCGUCGGGUCGGGUUCGAACACAAAUGGCGAGUCUGUUUCCAGCCCUCGAAACCGAAAACCCGUGCGCGCGCUACCAACACCCUCUCUACGUACAUCCUUUCCCCCUUCAGUUUCCUCCCCACCUGCCACUCGCUUGCGAUCUCGAAAAACGAGUGCCACAUCGUCAAGCACUUCUCUGUCAGCACCGCUUUCGUCAGCAUCCGGCUCCUCGCCGAUGAACGGCAUCACUUUCCCAGGCUUGACUGUCACACGUGCCACUGCGGCAAUUGCCAGGAGCCAUUCUAAGGCCAAAGGAAGACAGGUUUUGGUGGGCGAGAGCGUCACGGAAGAGAAAAAGGAGCGAGAUCGGAAUGCUGCACUGCUAGCUCUCGCUGAGGAAAGUGAUCUGACUGAAAUCGAAACGGAGGUGGAAGCCGAGACCAACCUGAAUCCAAGUCCCCGUCGACUUCGAAGCAAAGACAAGGAGCGGGAGCUCAUUACCAUCAAAGGGAAGGAGAACAUCGACGUCAAACAGACUGCUUCGUCCGACCGGGGUGGAAGCGAGGGCGAUGACGGCGAUGACGAGGCAGAUCAGCUGGCCACCCCAACGAGAAGUCGCGCCCGCUCCUCCCGACCUCGACCUCGGAUUUCCGCCGAAGAAGUCGAGCGGACACCUCUUGUCCGCAGGCUUCGGCCCCGUACUCGUCUUGGCGACAGUCCACCGUCACCCUCACCGGCGGAGGAUGGCGAUGAUGAGCAAGAAGAGGAGCAGAUCGCCGAGGAGGAAGAGAACGAGGAGGAGCCCAGCAUUCACGUCGAACCUCGCAAACUGCGUAACGGCAAGAUCGUUGGUGACGACAUAGAGAUGGCCAAUGAGGACGUUGAAAUUGAGGACGAUGCUGUCGAGGAGGACACUGAACCUUCUGUUGAAGGCGAGGAGGAGGACGAGGACGGACUUGAAGGAGACGAGGACGAGGGUGAGGACGGUGAUGAUGCAAUGGUUGAAGUAGAUGUCGAUCUGACCAUUGCCACCUCAAAGACUCUCGUUAGGCUACGUCGUGACCGACUGGUCAGUCUCUGUCAAAAUCGCUCCUUGGAAGCCAUCGGCACCAAGCCUCAAUUGGCCGAAACGUUACUCCAAUGGCGGGAUCGUGUCACCGAAGCAUCUUCACCUUCCUCUGCUGGGACAGUGACUGGCCGGCCUCCCGACACAGUCAAAGGUCACCGCAAGGGGUCGCAACCUGGAACACCGAUCCUCUUCCGCUCUCAGCGAGUCCAUAUUGACGAACCACUCACUCCUGUGCCCGUCGAAGCCUCCGUUGGCGAACCGGAGCUGGAGUUGGAUCUUGAAAGUCUUGGACUCGACGACCGUGAAAUUCCACCAGACAAAUUGCAGAAGCUGGAGAAGAUUGGUAGCGGAGGCUUCAAGGAUGUCUUCAUAGGCAAAUUCAAGAAUCGAAAGAUUGCGAUUUCAGAGUUCAGAGGCCAAUUGAAUGCUAUGGAUAUCAAAGAGCUCAAGCUUCUGGGUGGAUUUGAUCAUCCCAACAUCGUUCGCUUCCUUGGAGUCAGUGUUCCAGAAAAUCCUAAAAACACUAAAGAGUCUUCCGUCAUGAUCGUCAGCGAGCUGUGCUCGAAUGGAGAUCUCUUCGAUUACAUUCGCACCGUCGCAGCACCCUCGUAUAACAAAGUUAUUUCGAUUAUGCUGGACAUUGCACUAGGCUUGGAGUAUUUGCAUCUUCGGAAACCAUCAGUCAUCCACCGCGACUGCAAGUCUUCUAACAUCCUGAUCACCGCUAAGGGUGUUGCAAAGAUUGCCGACUUUGGCCUAGCGAAGGUCAAACAAUCGACACGAUCCAUGGUUCGGAGUCUUGUCGGCACUGUCAACUGGCAAGCACCGGAGCUUUGGCACGCCCAUCCCAAGUACAACCACAAAGUGGAUGUGUUCAGUUGUGCGAUGGUCUUCUGGGAAAUGCUCCAGUGGCACCAGAAGGAGAAGAGAUUUCCCUGGGAGCACAUGAAUGAGCAUGCCAUCUACGAAGCCGUUGGAACCAAGAAACAGAGACCUUCUACCGCUGGUCUCAAAAAGCAAUGGUCCCCGGCCAUUGUAGAGCUAAUGGAACGGAUGUGGGCCCACCAACCAGAUGACCGCCCCACCAUGUCGGAGGUCGUCGCUGCGUUGCGGGAGAUGAAGACCUAAAGCUCACAAAUAUCUAUCCCUCUGCCGACACAGUUGUGCUCCAGUAGACUUCUUGACCUUGCAUUUACAUCCAUACAACAUUCUAUACAUCCACUGUAUCAUCACAACACAAUCAAGCCCAGCGUUUAUGCAUUUACUUGCUGCUUUUCGCGGAAGUUGCCUCGAGAUUGUACUGGACGUUCCGCCUAUACUUCAUCGACAAAUCAGCCGCGAUCUUGACCUGUGAGUUUUGGCGCGCGAUAUUCUGCCCACAUGGUGUCACAUCCUCGCUCCGUCGCGCAAGGUCGCGUACCUCCAGACUGUGAUUUAACUCUUUAAGGGUUUCCGUGCAUUUAGACUGUGGCGGAGGCAUUUGAGAAAGGGAGCUUUGCAUACACACAACCAGGGCGCACCACAUUGUUGAGUAUACGCCCAAGGAGAACAGCUUGCUGCUCAGCAUGCGGAUUCUCCAUUGUGGGCCCAAGUCAAGUUCCACGCGCUUGGUCACUGUGACAAGGCGUGUUCAGCAGCCGCUUGUUGCACGCUUGUUCGGCCAGCCUCGGAUGCGAUCGGAGCACAUGUUUGGCUGCAUCACCUUUUCCAAACAUUCUUCCGCCGUCUCUCACAACAACCACUUCUUUUGAUAUAAUGGCUUUCCUUGGCUGGCGCAAAUGGCCGACUCCCGUUGUUAAGCCCUACUGGCCGUUCAUGGUUGCUGCUACGGUCUCUCUGUAUGGAAUUUCGAAGUUGCAGGAUAUGGCAGUCCGAGCGCCCGCCUACGCUAACGACCCGAAGAACCCGUACGCCGCAGAAAUUGCUGCGGAGUCUCAUCACUAGAGAGAAGAAGAGGAGAGGCUGGUCCGAGACGAUUAGACAAAAGUAAUCAUUCCCGAGCGCUUGCAGUGAAUGGACUCUUGUUGUGGUGGAAUUUCUGUGUGUGUGUGAUGUGAGCUCCGCAGCAUGUUCUGCGCAGUUGUUCCCAACGUGGGAUUGGUAAAACUGUCCUGGACGUCACGAACGUCGACGCUGUGCAGUGUCAGGCAGGUGCAUAUCUUCCCUCGGCUUGCCUUGACGGCUCAUCCUUGAGCAGACUAUGGGCUACCAGAGAUGACAUUGCGUUGAAUGAGAGUACGUGGACGCCUCAACCUGUCGCGUUUUUGAGCCCAGAAAACGAAGAGUUUCUUGACGACCAGGGCUUCUCUUCCUAUUCUCUCUCAAGAUCUUCGAUGAGCUGGUCGUAUCCGGCUUCAGAAGAGAUGAUGCCGGACGGUCCGGCUUGUAAGGUCAGUGCCUUUAUGCCUGCACUAUACCGAUGUGAUUUGUUCCCAUGAUCUCGCAGUCGGGCCCUGCUCAGCUCCCGAUCCACUAGCCGCGCAAUUCUUGAUGGAUAUUGCGGAAGCUUGCCUCUUCGGGGAAUUUUGCGCAUAUUCUACGCGCAACCGACAAGGGAUUAUCCAGAUUAUCCUCUGCGCAUGUAGAGCGCGGCUAUUUCUCCGUGCAUGGAUGACCACGAUAUGCGCCUGCUGACCACGGAGUGCCGAAGAACGCGACACAUCUCGUUCGAUCCUGUGGCCUAUUUAUGGACCCCCAGACCAGCCAUUAACGGUCCUUGAGUGCGACGAGUGAGUCGAUUGAUUCGAGGAAGGGAGAUCGGUCACAGCCUAGCUGGGAUGUAACGUCCGUUGGGUGAAAGGUAGGCCAUAUGCGAAAUUUGUUGUCUAAUGCGAUCAUCCGAACGACUGGUUGCUCGUCCCAAGCAAGUCGAGAAUUCACGCUUCUACGCAUUCCUACUCUCGGGGACCUUGUCGCCUCGUCCAAGCCUCACCGGUGCGAGGAUGCUAUUGCCGGCAAUGUGUUCAAGGGCCUCAUGUUGGUCCUCUGGCAGAGAGUGCCUAGUGCCCGGAUAAACCCGGCACGGGCGAACCGCUGAAUUGUGCAAUAGCUCAAUGUCGACUGCAGGCACUGACCAGAUCCCUCAAUAGCUUGUUUUAGCGUGGUGGGACAUGCCCGUGAUUAGUCACAGGCACCGCAAACUGCACCAGUCUCAGUCUAGACUAGACUAGGACAUGGCUGUGACUCGAGAACACUAACUGGACGCAGACGACUUGCGGGCCCAGAAUAUCAUGAAUUCCUUCGUCAUUCCUGGGUUCUCUUCCCAUUCUUUAUCCAGGCCAUCAAGAAGCUCGUCGAAUUCUGCCUCCGAGGAAACGAUUCCGAAUCCUCCGGCCUGCAAGACAGGUGUCUUGAUGCCGCGCAAGACUCCGACGUGGUUCAGCCUCAUGACCUCCCCAUCAGGUCCUCCCCAGCUGCCCAUGCACUGAUCUCUGGUUUCCUUCUGAAUGUCGACAAAGCCCGCUUCGUGGAGCAACUUGGGCAUAUCGUAGGCGCAGUCCACGUAGAGGCUGCGCAAUUCGCAGAUCCGCCGAUAGAGUGUGACGACUUUUUCCAUGCAUGGCCGCCCAGGAUACGACCCCUCCGCCCACAGUGUGGCCUCUGCGAUCUGGACCCAUCCCCCGGGUCUGAGCACCCGAUGCAUCUCUGCCAAUGCUGUUGGCCAUUCGGGGAUUUGGAGACCGAGAAUCAAAAGACGUUGGUGCACGAGCGAGAAAGUAUUAGACCAUUCUUCGGGCAGUUUGGUCACGGAGCCAAGCUGAAACUUGACGUUCUCAGGAUGGGAUGCGGGCCAGAGGCGAGAUUCGAUAUCGAGCCCGAUCAUAUGGGUCGCCGGGUUGGUCGUCCCGGCCAGUUCGAGAAUCCAUAGACCUGCAAGACUCGUUUUGUGAAUGUCGGACGCUCAUGAGUAGCCUUGCGCACCAGGCCCAGUACCACUCUCGAGGACCUUGUCAUCUGGCCCAAGGGCGACUGGGGCAAACAGGACUUUGUUGUCGAACAGGCGUUUCAGAUAAUCAUGCUGGGUUCGCAGUCUUGCCGGCCGAUGAGAUAUUAGAAUAGAAUUCCUGACAUAACGGAGGUUUCUACCUCAGUUUUUCGACCUCGUCUGUAGGUAAAAUGUAUUCAGAGCCGGGAUAGUUCUGAUACGGACGGAAUUGAGCUAUGGGCAACGAUGCGACGGGAGCUUCACUCAUUGGGCAGAGAUGUGUUCGGCUGCUACAAUGCAAUUCAGCGAUCUUCUUAUAAGCCCGUUCAAAUGACGAACCGAUGACAGAAUGAUGUUCGUUCGCGAGCCAGCACACUGGCAAUGAGAACUUGAGAUGUAGGUUACAGGAAGGAGAUCCAAAAGGAAGUGGCGCCUCGUGGAGGCGAAAGAGGUCAGAUACCGGCAGAGAGAUUACCCCGUCAGCACUCUCGUAGAUUGCGGUGGCUAUAUCAGUUGACAAGUCCUAGAAUGCUUUGACCGAGCAGGCCACCUGGGAUGAACGUCUCCAUCAACUAUUCCUAACCCGAUGACCGGCCCAAGGCGGCCGGUUGCAGUCGGGAAGCAGAUUGAAGUGCGUAGAGACGAAAACGGAAUUCGGUAUAGCUCAAACCAGCUCCAGACAGCGCUGCUACACAGACUUUCAAGUGUCAAUCUGGAUGAUCCACUGGGUACCGAGUAAGGAGCGUGAUAGGAGCUGUUGUGACGUCACGACUUGGUCCGUAUAGCAUGUGUCUUCGGACCUCUGAUCCGGAUGCGCACAGAGUCGGUCCCCCAAAUUGGCUCGAGGUUAAGGUACACUAGGGGAAGUCAAACAUCUCCCCACAGAUGUGAUUUGAACUGUGAUUCAGUGGUGAUUCAAGUGGUGAUUCAAGUGGUGAUUCAAGUCUGAUUUGACACACAGAAUCACCAUGAAUCACUCUAGAAUCACUGCAAAAUCACCUCAUGUUUGACCACCCUGCUUUUACAAGUACAUGUCUGUAUGUAGAGUAGCCUAUGAAUCCAAAUUGCGAUGUCUCCAUUGAGAUGUCAUCACCUGACCUUGCCUCUCUGCCUACUAAUAGUACAGUACCACCAUUUACACUUAUCUUCCUCGAGGCUGGAACUUGACAUACUUAGUGUGAAAGACUAGAUUUAAAUGGUAGGCUUAUGCGCCCAGAAAAUCAUGAAUUCCUUCGUCAUUCCUGGGUUCUCUUCCCAUUCUUUAUCCAGGCAAUCGAGAAGCUCGUCGUAUUCUGCCUCCGAGGAAACGAUUCCAAAUCCUCCGGCCUGCAAGACAGGUGUCUUGAUGCCGCGCAAGACUCCGACGUGGUUCAGCCUCAUGACCUCCCCAUCAGGUCCUCCCCAGCUGCCCAUGCACUGAUCUCUGAUUUCCUUUUGAAUGCUGACAAAACCCGCUUCCUCGAGCAACUUGGGCAUAUCGUAGGCGCAGUCAACAUACAGGUUGCGCAAUUCGCCGAUCCGCCGAUACAGUGCGACUAGCUUCUCCAUGCACGGCCGGUCAGGAUACGAGUCCUCUACCCAAGGUGUGCUCUCCGCAAUCUGGACCCAUCCCCCGGGUCGAAGCACCCGAUACAUCUCUGACAAAGCCGUCGGCCAUUCGGGGAUUUGGAGACCGAGAAUCAAAAGACGUUGGUGCACGAGGGAGAAAGUAUCGGUCCACUCUUCGGGCAGCUUGGUCACGGAACCAAGCUGAAACUUAACGUUCUCGGGAUGGGAUGCGGGCCAGAGGCGAGAUUCGAUAUCGAGCCCAAUCAUAUGAGUCGCUGGGUUGGUCGUCCCAGCCAAGUCGAGGAUCCAAAGACCUGCAAGACGAUUUGAGAAUGUCGGACGCUCGGAAUCAGCAUCGCGCACCAGGCCCAGUACCACUAUCGAGGACUCUGUCAUCUGGCCCGAGAUCGACUGGGGCAAACAAAAUCUUGUUGUCGAAUAUGCGCUUCAAGGAGUCAUGUUGAGUUUGCAAUCUUUUUUGCCGAUUAGAAAUCAGAAUAGAGUCCUUGACUUGAGAGAGGUCUACUAUACCUUAGUUUUUCGACCUCGUCUGUAGGCAAGAUGUAUUCAGAGCCGGGAUAGCUCUGAUACGGGCGGACUUGGGUUAUGGGUAACGAUGUGACGGAAGCUUCACUCAUCGGGGAGAGAGGUGUUCAGCCGUCGCGAAGAAAUUCCCCGAUGUUUUUAUAAGCACUUCUGAAGUUGACAUAUAGAUGACAGGUCCAAUGUUCAUCUGUGGGCUAGAUACAUGGGCAAUGUGAACACAAGUUCCCGGUAAUCUAGAGAGAAGAAAAGGGUACCCGGAUUACGGCGACGGAACCGAAUAUGGAGGGGAGCUUGCCACGUAACCACUCUCAUGGAUAGCGAUGACGGCCUUGGCAACAUAGCGCCGACAUGGCUGCUGAGACUCGGAGCGGACAACAGUAAACGUCCUUGGUGAGAUCGCCUGAUUAGAUGACGGCUCGAAUAAAAACGAUCGAAGUCCAGGGCAGGCUGAUGCGCUUAGAAAUGGAAGCAGAUUUGCAUACAGCUUUAGCUUUGGCCUUCACUCGGAAUGGCGGAAUGCGACAUCAGACUCAUCAUGAGGCAGGAAAGGUG